AUGUCCUCGGCUACUCAACCAGACAGAAGUUUGCGACGCCAGAGCGCUAAUAGCAGCCAACAUGCUGGACAUGGACAGGUCGCUCGAACUAUCGAUAUGGGGAAUGAUAGACAACAACGACAACAGAUGCGGCAAAGAGGUGCUGCCUCCCGCAAGGUCGAUCACGUGGACUUUGGAUUUGCUUUCCCCAGUUCGGCACGUUCACAACGGUCCACAAAGCAGACACCCCAGCAGAGGCGCUCGAAUUCGCGACAACCAUCGGCGACGCCGAGCAUACGAACACCCUCUGUGAGAACCGGCCAAGCACCGACCACCAGCAAUGUCCGCGAGACAAGACGAAGUUCGAACCAGUCUCGGGCGACUUCGCAGACACCACAAAUGACAGAAGGUCGAUCGGCUAAGAGAAGGCGACUUUCAAACUCGCAUGCAUUCAAAACACCUAUAUCAGUACAAACGAACCCUGUUGUUGUUGAGAUCCCUUCCCAAACACGUUCGACUCGGUCUUCAGCAAAAAGAGCCAGUCAGAUCUUCACAAUUGCGGAGGACGCAAAUUCAGAUGACCAAUCAAAUCCUCCUACGACGGAUGGGCUCAACGGCAUCGAAAAGACUGAGAAGGAAAAUGAACCACUAGUAUCACAUGAGGCUGAAGAGCCAGCCAGCGAUCGUCCCCUGUCGAGCCCCAAAGCUGCGCCUCAGCAAGAGGGACAAGCUCUGGCGGAAGAUACUAGUUUCCACCCUGACAUUGAAAACAAUGAACCUACACUUGAGGAAGAUUCCGAGGCCGAUGAGUAUGUUGACGACUCGAGAGAUGUUAUUCGAGAAACAACGAUAGAUCAGUCACUAAUAGAGUCCUCAACAUUGGACUCUUCGUCGAUAGCACCUUCCAAACCAAAGAAGAGGAAAAAGCGGAAAUUGGUCGUGCUGGGUCGCAAGAAAAAACGUGUUUCCGACCAAAGCCAAGUUGAAGAAUCCACUUUGGAGGAGCCUACUAUAGGCAACGAGACCGAAGACACUGCGCUGCCUGAUAACUCGACCACGACGUUAGAAGCUGAUGAAGCCGUCGAAGCUGACAAUGCGGACGUCGCCGACCGAAUUGACGAUGGUGAAACGACGCCCAACCGGCACGGCAUCGCUGCCAAGCUUCUUGACCGCACGCCGAACGGUGCAGACGAGGAGGAUGAAGACGAGACAUAUGUCCAGGAAAGCUCGCCGGAGCCAACGACGCCAGCGGCAGCGGUCAAAAAACCAAGAUCCAAGAAUCCACGCCUGAGCAAGGAGAAUGACCGCCUAUCGCAGCAAGAGAAAUCGAAACCCAAAUCAUCCAAAUCGACAUUUCCCAUCCUGACACACCGAAUGACCAAUCUGGGGACCUUGCCAACCAUAUCCGAAGAAGUUGAGAACGGCAAUGCCACGACGAAUGAGGCAGAGACCGAAUCACAAGCCCCCCGUAUUCAAUCCCGGUCACAGCCAAAUCUAGUCGACGUCCUUGCCCAAAUCUGUCGCGAGACCAUCAGCAACUUAAUCGAGGAUCUUGACAAAACAACCACAUCGACAACGAAGUCCGACCGAGCAACAUGCAAGAACAAGCGCAGUGCUCUCCAAGCAUUCGGACAGGAUCUUGACGACGAGCUGUUCCAACUGUCAGAAGCCGUGGAGAACCGAAUCAACCUCGAAGCGCGAGUGCGGAAAGCCAAACGAGAGAAAUCCAGUCUACAGGCAGAAUACAUGGAAAUCCGCAAACAGAGGGAACAAAUCGCCCUCAAGUGUGAUGCGGUUCGGCGACAGCAUUGGGAAUGUGAACAAGAUGCGCGCGAGAAGUGGCAAUUGAGCCAAGCUGCUCGUCGAGUGGAGCUCGAGUUAGAGCGAGAGCAAGAGACACUGGAAGAAGGCAGCGAUGAUGCUGACGAAGGGGUGGAGUAUUUGCUUCACACUGUGGCUGGCAAUGUAAGUGCACUAUCUGAUGAAGGAGGCAUGCUCGACAAGAUUCGGUCGUUUAAUUCGCAGUUGGAAAAUCUGGCUCGACUUUUGGAAUCAAGAUAGACGUUGGAGUGG